UGACGUUAGGCCAGGUGCCUGUGUUUUAUGACUGUGUUAUUGACACGUGAUUUCCUGUGUCGCUGCUGUGUUUUGCUCCCCGUGGCAGUGAGAAUGUCGUGUAAUGAAGAGGGGUAUGUGGUUCGGAUCAGAGGACUACCGUGGUCGUGCACGCAGGAGGAGGUUGCCUGCUUCUUCUCUGACUGUGACAUCGUUGGCCAAGUAAACGGAGUGUGCUUUACCUACUCUAAAGAAGGCCGUCCCAGCGGCGAGGCAUUUAUUGAACUGACGAUGCCAGAGGAUUUCAAGAAUGCCCUCGCCAAGGACCGUAAAUACAUGGGACACCGUUACAUAGAAGUGUUCAAGUCGAAUCGUAGUGAAAUGGACUGGGUGCUAAAACGUAGCGGCCCUGCUGACUACGACAGCUGCACCGGCUGCAUGCUGCGACUUCGAGGCCUUCCGUUUGGCUGCAGCAAGGAGGAGAUUGUUCAGUUCUUCUCAGGGUUGAGAAUCGUGCCAAAUGGGAUUACUCUGCCAGUGGACUACCAGGGGAGGAGCACAGGGGAAGCCUUCGUGCAGUUUGCCUCAAAGGAGAUAGCAGAAAAGGCUCUGGGGAAACACAAGGAAAGAAUAGGGCACAGGUAUAUAGAGAUUUUUAAGAGCAAUCGCAAUGAGAUCAGAGCCUACUACGAGCUGCCCCGGCGGGGCAUGGCAGGUCAGAGACCGGGGCCCUAUGAUAGACCCAUGAUGGGGGGACCCCGUGGAGGGUUCUACGGGCCUGGGCCUGGCCGCGGCGGCGCUCUGAUGGAAACCAUGAGGAGUGGGGGGGGCUAUGGAGGAGGUUACAGUGACUUUGACCGCUACAAUGGUUUCAACAACUACUGUUUUGGCAACGGCAUGUUUGAUGAGCGAGUGAGGGGAGAGAGGGGAGGAAGAGGGAUGGGGGGCCACGGUUAUGCUGGUCAAGGGGACGUUUACACAGGCUUCCACAGCGGCCAUUUUGUCCACAUGAGGGGUUUACCUUUCCGUGCCAUAGAGGGAGACAUUGCCAAAUUCUUCUCUCCUUUGAAUCCACUGAGGGUCCACAUCGACGUGGCUCCUAACGGCAAGUCGACGGGAGAAGCAGAUGUGGAGUUCCGCUCCCAUGAAGAUGCCGUAGAAGCCAUGUCCAAAGACAAGAACCACAUGCAACAUCGGUAUAUUGAGCUGUUCCUUAACUCCACAGCCAGCGUAGCAGUUGAAAUGAGUCGUGGAGGUGGAGGUGGAUACUACUACGGUAACCUGGGAGGGAGCGGAGGCUCACGGAGCUGCGGGCUGCGAUGUUCUUACUGAUGUCCUCCCACUUUUCCAAACCAUCUUCACGUUCGUCUCGCCUCCAUUCAGGCCACAUUUACUCUCUUUUUUCUGGGCAAAGAAGCUGAUCCCAAGUUGGUCAUUUAUUUUGUAAAGAUUGUUCUGUUUAUUGUUGUGUCAUAAUGAAACCUAAAUUGACAACAGAUCAGACUUAACAAGCACUAUUAUUACACCAUUCCUUAAAGCAUAUGAAGGACAAAAUAACUAUAUUGAUUUAAGUGGCGGACAUGUGCAACGCUUCAUGAGAUUUUUUGUUAUAUUGUAAAAUAAUAUAUAUUUGUAUUGUUAUAAAUUAUAUUACAGUAUGUAAUAGUUUUUCAUGAUUCACUCUCAAAAAUAUAAUUUCUCCAGUGAUUUUAUGAAGAGAAAUCAGUGUUUUGAAAUGGUUUGUUUUGCGACCCCGGGGACACACAUUUGUUUCUCUUCACAUAUCAGGCAGGAUAUGUUUUCAGUGCAGAUGAGACGCAACCAAAGUUCCAUCGAGAUUUGGUGCAAAAGAAGAAAAUAAACAACUUUUGUUGCCCUGACGAGAUUGAUCAGUCAUUUAGAAUCUAAUCAAAUGAUUUUAACUGCUUGGACUCUGAAGGAGCGUUAAGUUGAAAGAUGCUCUUUAGAAAGGUGGAGCAGUGAGAAGCUACGGCAAAAGAUUCUCCAAAAGUUUCUCUAGGUUAGAAAUUCUGAUUAAAAGAAAGUUACUUCUUGGUUUAUUUUGAUUUAAAUGCAUUUUUAGUAGAACAUUUGACCAUCCUGCAUUUCAGAUCAGCUUUUUUGGUUUGAAAAAUUUGAUAAAUGUGAGCCUAUUAGUUUUUUAAUGAAUGUUUUCACAUAUUGCAGAAUUUAAAACCAAGUUUAUUUUAUCCCACUCUUGAAGAGUGGGAAGCAAAUAAAGUCUAUAUUUGAGCUGCAAGAUCGCUUAUGCAGCUGUUGUACAUUUUGCAUAAUAAAUUUUAUAUUUAAUUCUU